UGCCGGUCCGGAGCCCGUGCUAGGCGGGUGUCCCUCGGCGCUGCUCAGCCGCCACCUGCACCAGCCAUGGACUGCUACACGGCGAACUGGAACCCGCUUGGGGACUCUGCCUUUUACCGGAAGUAUGAGCUGUACAGCAUGGACUGGGACCUGAAGGAGGAACUCAGGGACUGCCUGGUAGCUGCUGCGCCCUAUGGGGGCCCCAUUGCACUGUUGAGGAACCCGUGGCGGAAGGAGAAGGCGGCCAGUGUCCGGCCAGUGCUUGAGAUCUACUCCGCCUCCGGCCUGCCUCUGGCCAGUCUGCUGUGGAAGAGCGGGCCCGUGGUGUCACUAGGCUGGUCAGCCGAGGAGGAGCUGCUCUGCGUGCAGGAAGAUGGUGUGGUGCUGGUUUACGGGCUUCACGGCGACUUCCGGAGGCACUUCAGCAUGGGCAAUGAGGUGCUCCAGAACCACGUUCUAGACGCCCGGAUCUUCCACACUGAGUUUGGUUCGGGGGUGGCCAUCCUCACGGGGGCCCACCGCUUUACCCUCAGCGCCAAUGUGGGUGAUCUCAAGCUCCGCCGGAUGCCAGAGGUGCCAGGUCUGCAGAGCGCACCCUCAUGCUGGACCACACUGUGCCAGGACCGAGUUGCACACAUUCUUCUGGCUGUGGGGCCUGAUCUUUACCUUCUUGACCAUGCAGCCUGCUCGGCAGUGACGCCCCCUGGCCUGGCGCCCGGAGUGAGCAGCUUUCUGCAGAUGGCAGUCUCCUUCACCUACCGACACCUGGCCCUCUUCACAGACACAGGCUAUAUCUGGAUGGGGACGGCAUCACUCAAGGAGAAGCUGUGCGAGUUCAACUGCAACAUCCGGGCCCCCCCGAAGCAGAUGGUCUGGUGCAGCCGUCCUCGCAGCAAAGAGAGGGCUGUCGUGGUGGCCUGGGAGAGACGGCUGAUGGUGGUGGGUGACGCACCUGAGAGCAUCCAGUUUGUGCUGGAUGAAGACUCCUACCUAGUGCCUGAGCUGGAUGGAGUCCGCAUCUUCUCUCGAAGCACCCAUGAGUUCCUUCAUGAGGUUCCAGUGGCCAGCGAGGAGAUCUUCAAAAUUGCCUCCAUGGCUCCUGGAGCACUAUUGUUGGAGGCCCAGAAAGAGUAUGAGAAAGAGAGCCAGAAGGCAGAUGAGUACCUCCGGGAGAUCCAGGAGCUGGGGCAGCUGACCCAGGCCGUGCAGCAGUGCAUCGAGGCUGCGGGACAUGAGCACCGGCCAGACAUGCAGAAGAGUUUGCUCAGGGCGGCCUCCUUUGGAAAGUGUUUCCUCGACAGAUUUCCACCGGACAGCUUCGUGCGCAUGUGUCAGGACCUGCGUGUGCUCAAUGCCAUCCGGGAUUACCACAUCGGGAUCCCCCUCACUUACAGCCAAUAUAAACAGCUCACCAUCCAGGUGCUGCUGGAUAGGCUGGUGUUACGGAGGCUUUACCCUCUGGCGAUCCAGAUCUGUGAGUACCUGCGCCUUCCUGAAGUGCAGGGUGUCAGCAGGAUCCUGGCUCACUGGGCCUGCUACAAGGUACAACAAAAGGAUGUGUCUGAUGAGGAUGUCGCUCGGGCCAUUAACCAGAAGCUGGGGGACACACCAGGCGUCUCUUACUCUGACAUUGCUGCACGGGCCUAUGGCUGUGGCCGCACAGAGCUGGCCAUCAAGCUGCUGGAGUAUGAGCCACGCUCCGGGGAGCAGGUACCCCUUCUCCUAAAGAUGAAGAGAAGCAAACUGGCCCUGAGCAAGGCCAUCGAGAGUGGGGACACUGAUCUGGUGUUCACGGUGUUGCUGCACCUGAAGAAUGAGCUAAACCGAGGAGAUUUUUUCAUGACUCUUCGGAACCAGCCCAUGGCCCUGAGUUUGUACCGACAGUUCUGUAAGCACCAGGAGCUGGAGACACUGAAGGACCUUUACAAUCAGGAUGACAACCAUCAGGAGCUGGGCAGUUUCCACAUCCGAGCCAGCUAUGCUGCUGAGGAGCGUAUCGAGGGACGAGUGGCAGCUCUGCAGUCAGCGGCUGAUGCCUUCUACAAGGCCAAGAAUGAGUUCGCAGCCAAGGCCACGGAGGAUCAAAUGCGGCUCCUGCGGCUGCAGCGGCGCCUGGAAGACGAGUUGGGGGGCCACUUCGUGGACCUGUCUCUGCACGACACAGUCACCACCCUUGUCCUCGGCGGCCACAGCAAACGUGCGGAGCAGCUGGCACGUGACUUCCGCAUUCCAGACAAGAGGCUCUGGUGGCUGAAGCUGACCGCACUGGCAGAUCUGGAAGACUGGGAGGAGCUAGAGAAGUUUUCUAAGAGCAAGAAAUCGCCCAUUGGCUACCUGCCCUUUGUCGAGAUCUGCAUGAAACAACACAACAAAUAUGAGGCCAAGAAAUAUGCCUCCCGUGUGGGUCCCGAGCAGAAGGUCAAGGCCUUGCUUCUUGUUGGGGAUGUAGCUCAGGCUGCGGAUGUGGCCAUUGAACACCGGAACGAAGCAGAGCUGACACUUGUAUUGUCCCACUGCACUGGAGCCACGGACGCGGCCACAGCUGACAAGAUUCAGCGGGCUAGGGCACAAGCCCAGAAGAAGUAAGGGGCUCAUCUUGCAUGUCUCCCUGAGCUCUAGGCUUGGCAGAAGGUCACUGCGUAUCCAGCUUCUUCAGAGCCAAGCUAAGCUGAGGAGCUGGGGUGGGAUGGGAGCCGGGGGUCCGAUGGUCUGAUUGUGAAUAAAGUUGGGACAUUUUAGAGU